AUGUCCCGUGUGCGAAACAGGGCCCACACGGCUGUCCCUGCGCUCCAUGCCAAGGCCGCCCGUGGGAGCAACAACAACGACGACGGCGCGUGCUCCUCCUCCUCCUCCGACUCGUCGUCCGUCUCCGAGCUGUCGUCUUCAUCGUCGGCCUCCUCCUCCUCAUCGUCGCCCUUUGAUCUCUCGACAGCAGGGCCGGCGAGCGGUGCCGCAACGAGAAGCGCCGCCGCCUCGGCCGUUGGGCGAUCGGGUUCGGGUGUGACUGCUGUGCCGACGAGCGGAGGCGCAUCUGCAUCGCCUGCAGUCACCGUUAGCCCACCGACAGCAUCGGUGGCGGCAUCAUCACCGAAUGCCGCUGUUGCCGGAGGGAAUGGCGCUGAUGGCAGCAUGGUGGACAUCCCGGUCUCGAUCGCGGCGGUCCAGGGUGGGUCCAAGGCCAACUCGGUGUGCAUCGACUGCGGAGCGAGCAACCCGCGCUGGGCCUCACUCUCAUACGGCACCUUCCUCUGCGUCGAGUGCUCGGGCCUUCACCGCUCGCUCGGCGUCCAGCUCUCAUUCGUCCGCUCGCUCGAUCUGGACACAUGGCACCCGUCGCAGCUGCUGCUGAUGCACCUCGGCGGCAACGCUGCCGCUUAUGCCGCCUUUGCCGCCGCAGGCUGGGACACCGUCUCCUCGGCCUCGGACGUUCUCCGCGCAAAGUACGAGUCAGACGCGGCCGCAAAGUACCGCGAGCAGCUGCUGGCGCGAGUCCAGGACGCCGUCUCGCGGCUCCUUACACAGUCGAACGCGUCGCUCUUUCCGGCCUGGAUCAGCUCCGACGAUGACGACGACGGCGAUGGUGGUGGUGGCGGCGGCGGCGGCCAGGACGCUGGUUCCACCCCUGACGAGGCGCCCGCCGCCGCCGACGCCUUCAAGCUCGUUGUUCCGCUCCAGGCUCGGGCCCACCAGGUCGCCACCUGGUCACGCGCCGAGGUAGGCCAGUGGCUGGAUCUCAUUGGGAUGGCCCGCUACGCACACGCCUUUCGCGCGCACGCUAUCGACGGCUCAAUGCUUGCCGAACUUGCGGAUCACGAGCUCCUACGCGAGAUCGGAGUUGACGUUGUCGGCCACAGGUUCCACGUCCUCCGCGCCAUCCGGCUGCUCACCGGCUCGACGCCAGCCUCGGCCGCACCGCCGCCGCCGGAUCCGCGGGCCGAUGCCGAGUUCCUGGCAGCUGCCACCGCUGCGGCCAUGGCACUUGCCUCCCCCCGCAAGGGCAAGGGCAAGAGCAAGAGCAAGAGCAAGGGAAAGGGCAAGAGCAAUGACCAUGACAUGAAGCGGCGACCGCACUCGGGCGAGUUUGUUGAGCCUGGCUACGGCGAGCCGAGCCAGUUGCAUCUCACGCUCACCCCGCGCGGCAAGUCGACGAGCAAUGCGGCGCGCCGAGCCUCGGUCGACGUCUCGACCCUCUCGCUGAAUAAGCUGAUGGAGGGCAUGGACUUACCGGGAUCACCGGCCCAGGCCCGCAACAACAACUCGGGCGUGUCGCUUGCGACUCGUGGGCGAGUCUUUACCGAGUCGGGCGCGUCGCUGACCGGUUCGGGCGGCAACCAGCCGAUGAGUGGCUACCUCUUCAAGCAGGCGUCGUCAGUCUCCAAGGGCUGGCGCAAGCGCUACUUUGUCCUCGACGCCUACGUCCUCUCGUACUACAAGAACAAGGAGGCAGCCGAUGACGGCGACAAGCCCUCGGGCACCAUCCCCACCAUGGGUCGCGAGGUCAAGCGCGUCCCGCGCAAGGGUCAGUACGCCUUUGUCCUCUCGCACACCGGGACCCGCGACUACUUUCUCCGCGCGCCCGACGAGGCCGCCAUGCACAAGUGGAUCACUGCGCUCGUGUGCGAGGGCAUGUGCACCACCGAGGAGGGAGGAACGUCGGACGUCUCGUCGCGCGCGCCGGGCGCUGUGCCCGGUCACUCGCGAUCGCGCUCGCCGUCGACAGCCUCGCGCCGCUCUGACGACGGCGGCGGCGGCGGCCUCACCCCGGUAGUUCUCGAUGCCAACGCCGAGCUCGCCGCCGCAGGCCUUGUCGCCUCGGUCGUCCAGGUCGCCGAGCCGAUCGCCGCCCAGGCCGCCGUCGUUGUCAUCCGCGACGGUGCGCUCUCCAUGAUGUCCGGCUCGGAACAGCGCGCCUGUCGCGUCGCGCUUACUGCCGCCAGGCUCGAGGUCAACUACCUUGACGACAACUCGUCCAUCGUCGUCGACCUCGCCGGCGCCUCGGUCACCAAGGGCUCCAAGGCCGCAGGCAAGGCCUCAUCGCGUGCCUUUGUCCUCGCCACACGCGCCGGCUCCUUUGUCUUUGUCGCCUCGUCCAAGGACGAGUGCAAGGCCUGGCUCAGCGAGCUCACCGCCGCCCUCGCCAUCAUCAACAUGGAUACCAUCAAGCAGACGCUCGGCCUCCAGGAGGAAAAGUCGCAAGAGGAAAAGGUGAACAACGCCGCUUCCGAGGCGGGUACGGCCGUCAAGGACUUGGCGACCGAGACAGGCAAGCUGGUCAAGGACAAGUCCAAGGAGGUGGUCGAUGGCGUGAGGGAGACCACAGCCCAGGCUGCCGACGAGACUAAGAACGCAGUCCAGCCUAACGACGCCGAGUAA